AUGACCAAUUUUCUGGCAGCUUCGAUCGAGGGUCAGGCUGCUUGCCUCCUUGCAAUCACAAAAAUGGUACGACCUAUGGGUAAUCGAGCAACACUAUACUAUAGCUACCCCCAACUGAGAGCUGGUUUCAAUGUCACUACCGCAUUUGUACGACAAGGCAUUAGUAUCCUGGCAGGUUUGGUGCUCUUGAGCACACUUGUUGCCUGUGUGUGGGAUGAGCAACCAACUCAUAUUUAUGAUGUUGAUUUGAGUUCAUGGUCAUUUGCAAAGGCGUAUUCAGACACCAUCAACACUGCAUUCGCUCAACAUUGGGAUACAUGGUUUAGACCAGGACACAUGAUUACUCUACUGAUCUUACCAUCAGCUUCCACCGAUGACUUGGCUGGCACUUUGAAUUCUGCAGAAGAUAAUGAGGAUAAAGCUGUUCUGAACGUUGGCAGUUGGCUUUGUAGCUGCAGACUCGGAACUGUGAUAUUCGCCACCCCUCCAUUCGUAGUCAUGCAUUCAUGGGUGAACUUAGAUUACGGACUAUUUGAUAACAUGUCACAAUACAAAAUGACAUAUUGUGACCAUAAUUCGCAAUUUAACACUUCUGCACAGGGGUGA